AUGGAUCCAGCUGUGGCGAUCGUGUUGGGCCAGGAUCCCGCGCCAUUCGAGCAGCUGCUGCAGCGACUCCUUUCCCCGUCAAACGACGACAGAGGCGAGGCCGAGCGCAUAUUUAAUCUCUGCAAGCAGCAGCCUGACGCUCUCGUUCUCCGCCUCGUCGCGGCGCUGCAGUCCUCUGCCGCAGGAGCGGACGUGCGUACAAUUGGCGCGGUGCUCCUUAGACGAGUGAUCACGAAGGACAGCGUGUCGCUAUGGCCGCAGCUGAGUCCCGCGACGCAGGCGACUGUCAAGACCGAAUUACUCGCUAGCGUGCAGCGGGAGCCUACUAAGGCGAUCUGGAAGAAGCUGUGCGACACGAUCGCGGAGCUCGCGGCGGGGAUCGUGGAGUCGGGGACAUGGCCGGAGCUUCUUCCGUUCAUGUUCCAAUGCGUGUCGUCGUCGGACGAUCGCCUCAAGGAAGCGUCGCUGCUGAUCUUCGCGCAGCUAGUGCAUUUCUUCCAGUCGCAGCUCAAGCCUCACCUGCCCACCCUACACAAUGUGCUUCUGCAGUGCCUCUCCCAGUCAGCCAAUCCCGACGUGCGGAUCGCCGCGCUCCGGGCAGCUGCGAAUUUCGUCGAGGCGCUUGAAACUCCCGAGGAGCUGACGCAAUUCCAGGAUCUGCUGCCGGGGAUGAUGCAGACGCUGAAUCUGUGCCUGCAGAGCAAGGACGAGGCCAGCGCGCAAGAGGCGCUCGAAAUGCUCAUCGAGGUUGCCGGCAUCGAACCGCGCUACAUGCGCAAGCAGCUGACUGACGUCAUCGCCGCAAUGCUGCAGAUCGCGGAAUCCACGCAGCUUGAGGACGCCACGCGUCACCUCGCCAUUGAGUUCCUGAUCACGCUGUCAGAGGCGCGCGAGCGCGCGCCGGGGAUGAUGCGCAAGGUGCCGCAUUUGGUGGGACGGCUGUUCGCAGUGCUGAUGGCGAUGCUGCUGGAUAUCGAGGACACGCCCGAGUGGCACGCCGCGAAUGACGAGGAGGAGGAUUCGGGAGAGACGGCGAAUUACGAGGUCGCUCAGGAGUGCCUUGACAGGCUUGCGAUCUCGGUCGGCGGGAACACCGUUCUGCCCGUCGCGUCGCAGGCGCUUCCCGCAUACGCAAACGAUCAGGAUUGGAAGAAGCGGCACGCAGCGCUCGUGUGCCUUGCACAAAUCGCGGAGGGUUGCACCAAGGUGAUGUCAAAGAGUCUGGAUUCGGUGGUGACCAUGGUGCUCAACGCCUUCAACGACCCCAACCCGCGCGUCAGGUGGGCGGCGAUCAACGCGGUGGGGCAGCUGUCGACGGACCUGGGGCCGGACCUGCAGCAGCAGUACCACGCGCGCGUGCUGCCCGCGCUCAUCGCCGCCAUGGACGACGCCGCCAACCCGCGCGUGCAGGCGCACGCCACCGCCGCCAUCCUCAACUUCAGCGAGGCCGCCACGCCCGAGAUCAUGGCGCCGUACCUGGACCAGCUGCUCGGCAAGCUGCUGCAGCUGCUGCAGUUCGGCAAGCGCAUGGUGCAGGAGGGGUCGCUCACAGCCAUUGCCGCCAUCGCUGACUGCUCCCAGGAGCAUUUCUCCAAGUACUACGACGGCGUGAUGCCGUUUCUCAAGACCGUUCUCACGCAGGCGGGCGACAAGGAGCAGCGCAUGCUGCGCGCCAAGGCCAUGGAGGCCAUCAGCCUGGUGGGCAUGGCGGUGGGCAAGGACAAGUUCCGCGCCGACGCCAAGGAGGUGAUGCAGGUGCUGGUGUCGCUGCAGUCCGCGCCCAUGGAGGACGACGACCUCACCAUGAGCUACAUGCUGCAGGCGUGGGCGCGGCUGUGCAAGUGUCUGGGGGCGGAGUUCCUGCCGUUCAUGCACGUGGUGAUGCCGCCGCUGCUGCACUCCGCCUCGCUCAAGCCAGACGUCACCAUCUCAGACAUUGAUGAUGACACUGCCAAUGAUGAUGACGAUGACGACAGUGUGGAGACGAUAACGAUAGGCGACAAGAAGAUUGGCAUCCGCACAAGCAUGCUGGAGGAGAAGGCCACGGCGUGCAACAUGCUCUGCUGCUAUGCGGACGAGCUCAAAGAGGGUUUCUUCCCCUGGAUCGACCAGGUGGCGCAGCUGAUGGUGCCUUUGCUCAAGUUCUACUUCCAUGAGGAGGUCCGCAAGGCCGCCGCCCAGUCCAUCCCGGAGCUGUUGUUGGAUGGCAAGCUGGCAGUGGAGAAGGGCGUGGCACCCGCGGUGACAGCAACAGCGGAGGGCGAGAAGCGCUACCUCAAGCAGAUGGUCGACUUCCUCGUGCCGCCGCUCGUGGAGGUUCUUACCAAGGAGCCAGAGGUGGAGAUGAUUGUUGUCAUGCUCGAGUCUCUGCAAGAAUGCAUUCAGCUGGGAGGCGCAGAGCUGAGUGCGGAGCAGGUGGCGCAGGUGGUGGCGCAGCUGAAGGCGGUGGUGGAGGGCAGCCGGGCCCGGCGCAAGGAGCGGCUGGAGCGCACGCAGACAGAGGACUUCGACGAGGAGGAGAGCGAGCUGCUGCAGGAGGAAAACGAACAGGAGGACGAGGUGCUCGACCAGGUGGGCGACUGCAUAGGGGAGUUGGUGCGUGUGUUCAAGGGCAGCUUCAAGCCCUUCGCCGACGACCUUGCUUCCUUCGUGCUGCAGAUGAUGGACAAGAGUCGGCCGUCCACGGAGAGGAGGGUGGGCAUAUGCAUCUUUGACGACCUGGCGGAGAACAUGGGCGAUGCUGCUGCCAGCUAUUUCCCGGCCUUCCUGCCACACAUCCUAGAAGCAGUCCUCGACCCCUUGCCUGAGAUCCGACAGUCGGCAGCAUAUGGCAUCGGCAUCUGCGCACAACACGGUGGUGCUGCCUUCACACCAUACGUGCCAGACACGGUGGCACGGCUGGGGCAGGUGGUGAGCAGCACGGACAGCAAGAGCGAGCUGAGUGUGUCGGCCACGGACAACGCCAUAUCAGCGCUGGGCCGCCUGUGUGAGCACCAGGCGCACGCACCCUUUGACUCGCAGCAAGUGCUGUCCGUGUGGCUGGCCUACCUGCCCAUCCGCGAGGACCGUGCCGAAGCCAAGGUCGCGCACGCCCAGCUCUGCGGCCUGCUUGAGAGGUCGGAUGCUCGCAUUCUGGGUCCCAACAACCAGAACCUGCCGCACAUUGUCGGAGUGCUGCUGGAGGUGCUCAAGGCUGAGCGGACUGCAUUUCUCGCCAUGGCUGGCUCUCGCGCUGCGCUGGCGCUGCUCGCGGUUCUAGCCGUACUCGGCGUGUCGUGCGCGGCAGCGGACGACGGCAAGGUGCUGACGCUCGACUUCACGAAUUUCGAGUCGGAGGUUAAGAGCCACGAUUUCAUCGCCGCUAUGUUCUACGCUCCCUGGUGCGGUCACUGCAAGCGACUAGAGCCGGAGUACCUCAAGGCAGCGGAGAUGCUAGCGGAGGAGGGGUCGGAGAUAGUGCUGGCGCGCAUCAACGGCGACGAGAAGAACAACAAGGCCAUCGCCAGGAAGUACGGCGUGGCGGGCUUCCCCACCAUCAAGAUCUUCCGCACCGACUACGCGUCCCCGCUGACGUACAAGGGGCCGAGGGAGGCAGCGGGGCUGGUGGCGUAUCUGAAGAAGCAGGCCGGCCCGGCCAGCACCAAGGUGCGGUCGGGGUCGGACCUCAAGCGCGCCAUGGAGGACGACAGCGUCAUUGUGGUGGGGCUAUUCUCAACGCUCUCAUCCCCUGAGUUCGAGUCCUACCUGUCAGUGGCUCGCGAGCUGCGCACGGACUUUGUCUUCAAGCACACCACCGACGCCUCGCUACUGCCCGCCAAGGGGUCUGAACUCGAGGCACCCGCUGUGCGCCUGCUCAAGCAGUUCGACGAGGGCUACUCCGACACUCAGGAGUUCUCGCCAGCAGCGCUCAAGGCGUUCAUAGAGCGCCACGCAGUGCCGCGAGUGGUGGAGUUCAGCCAGGACCCCAAGGACCGCCCCUACCUCGCCCGCGUCUUCCAGGCUCCCACCAACAAGUCGCUGCUGUUCCUGGCGUACAGCCUGCCGGAUGCACCCGAGUUCCGCAGCCGGUACGUGGAGGCGGCACAGGAGCAGCCCGACUCCAUCCGCCUCGUCAUUGGGGAGGCCGCCGCCAACGAGCAUGCUCUCAAGUACUUUGGGCUGGCAGUGAGCGACACGCCAGCCAUGGUGAUUCACGACCCGCGCUACGAUGCCAAGUUUUUCCGCACCCACAUCGCCCCCUCCGACAUCGCGCCCUUCCUCAAAGACUUCCAGGCGGGGAGGGCGGAGCGGGUGCUGAAGAGUGAGGCGGUGCCGCAGGGGGAGUCAGGGGCGGUGAAGAAGGUGGCGGCCAACAGCUUCAAAGAUGUCGUGCUCAACUCCCGCAAGAACGUGCUGGUGGAGUUCCACGCGCCCUGGUGCACAGCCUGUGCUGACCUGGACCCCGUGCUCAAGGACGUGGCAGAGAGCCUCUCCGGCCAGCGGGACGUCGUCGUCGCCAAGAUGGACUUCUCUGCCAACGACAUUCCAUCGGAUAAGUUUGACGUGAAGGCACUGCCCACCAUCUACCUCUACACAUCGGCCGGUGUUGCCGUGCCGUACGCUGGCGACAACUCCAAGGCCAGCCUUCUCGCCUUCAAAGCGUCAUUUGCGUGGGUCGCGGAAGAUAAGCCCGUCGCGAUCGCGAACACCAUGGACCUCAUUCGCUGCAUCACCGUCCACACUCCAUGCUCGUGCGUGUCGCCAGCCUUGUCAGUGUCUAAAAGCCGACAACGUCCUGGCUCUCUCGCGGAUCCCUUUCACGACAGACGCCGGAUACCGUCGUCGCAAGCCGCGUUCUCUCGGCACUCUUCUCCUGGCACAUUCCUUCAAUGCCGCGCUCCUUUCUCCUCACUUUCCCGAUUGCCAAUGCAUCGGUUGCCACGUCAGCAGCAGCCAGGUCGAUUCCGACGAGCCCGACGAGUCGCCGUGAUGGCUGCCGACCAACGCGAUAGUGACUUCUCCGUUAAGUCGAGCAGCAGAGACGGUGCUGACGUCAGCAGCGAGGAGGGGAUUGUGAUGGAGCUGCCUUGCUUGCCUUUCAACCCCGCCGAAGUGUUCCUGCCCGGGUCAUCCAAGACGCUGCAUCUGUACGAGGCGCGCUACCUCGCGCUGCUCGAGGAGGUGCUAUCACGCAGCAGCGGGCUGUUGGGCCACGUGGUGUUGGAGCCCAUGCGAUCAGAGGAUGGGCAGGGCAUGACCUUCGUCGCCUCCUAUGGCUGCCUCUCCUACGUUGAAAGCGUGCGGAAGCUGCAGGUGGGGGCGCUGGUGGCGGUGAGGGGAGUGGGGCGCAUUCGCCUACAGCAGCUGACGCAGGUGGAGCCCUUCCUGCGCGGCCAGGUUGCUGUUGUCACUGACGACCGCCCAGAAGAGGGUGCAGGGGCGGGUGGUGUGGGCGAGGAGGUGAAGAGGGCUGUGGAGGAGUUGAGAGCGGUGCUGAGGGAUGUGCAGGAGCUGCAGAUUAAAAUCAAGACGACCACGGAUGUGCCCCUACAGACGCCCCUGGAGAGGGCUCUACGCUGGCCCGCUGCCACCUCGCCCCAGACAGUUGGUGAUGCUCUACGCUCAGGCACCGGCGAAGGCACAGGAGUAGGUGCAGAUGCAGGCGAUGCCAAGAGCAGCAGUAGUGGCGGUAGCAGCAGUGGGAGCACAGCAGCAUCGCCAUCAGCAUGGUCCAUUCUGCCGGAUGACGAUGGCGUGGAGCCCGACCAGCUGCCGCCCGAACAGCUGGAGUCUGCCGCCCGGUUUCUGGGCUUCCAGGGGCUGCCCACGCCCGCCAUUCACAGCACCGUGGCCGUUGAUCCGGCCUCUGUGCCCCUCGACCCUGACUUUGGCAAGGCUGCUCGUAGCACCAGCACAAUGGGGGCUCUGGAGGUGCCACCGUAUCGGGAGUACCUGCCAUCGUAUGAGGAGCUGGUCACCUUUGCUGCCCUGCAACCAGUCGCAGGAGCAUCAGCAGCGGAGCUGCACGGGCUGCUGCAGAAGCGCCUCGCAGCCAUGGAGGAGACAGACACCAUGAAGCGGGCGGCACUGGCUCGGCAGUAUGCGGAGCAGAGCCGGGCGGCACUGGCUGCUAAGGUGGCACUGCAGAGCCUACAGCUGUGA